UUUAUCAAUAUCGAAGAACCUUCAGUUAAGUUUAGGAUUCUAUCAACGGGUUGGCGGAGUUCAGUGACGCUUGUGGAAAACGUGUAACUGGUCCACAGUCAACUGAUAUUUAGCCAUGUUUUCAGCUUAUUUCUGUUUUCUUUUAUUGGAGAUCUGUUCCAUUACGCCCUGGCGAGUCACUUCAAAAGAAAUUGACAUUUUGGACGACAACGACAUAAACUUCAGACAACGUUUGUUCGCAGUACACGAGUUUCAUUACUUGAACGUGCUUCCAGUCGGAGUACGUAUGGUGUAUGACGACUUAGACUGUACCUUCAAAUGCCUUUACCAUCCUACAUGUAUUUCUGUGAAUCUGGUCGCUGAAGGAGGACUGUGGUGUGAGCUACUGUCGUCUGAUAAGUACAGCAAUCCCAAGGAGUUCAAACAAAACAAGAGCUCGCAUCAUUAUCAAAUUAUCUCGCCUUGUUCCAACAAUCCAUGCGACAAUGGUGGGACUUGCGUGGCCUACCACGAGGAUGAGACGUUUAAAUGCGUAUGCAAAAGUGGUUUCAUCGGAGAACAAUGUGAGAAAGACAUAGAUGAGUGUUCUACAGGAAAUGACAACUGCAGUGCUAACUCUGAGUGCAGCAAUACCAAGGGUUCGUACAGUUGUACUUGUAAACCGGGAUAUUCUGGAGAUGGACGAACUUGUAAAGAUUUCGACGAAUGUUCAACUGCAGAAACCCACAACUGCAACGCUGAUGCAGUAUGCAACAAUACCAUGGGAUCGUACACCUGUUCAUGCAAAACUGGAUACUUUGGAGAUGGAUGGACUUGCAAAGAUAUUGAUGAAUGUGCUACAGGAAAACAGAAGUGCAGUGCUGAUGCAGAGUGCAAUAAUACCAAGGGAUCGUAUAACUGUACAUGUAAACCUGGAUAUUCUGGAGAUGGACGGACUUGCAAUGUAUCGACGUGCAAAGAAAUUUACACCAAGAAUAUAUCGAACGUGAGUGGAGUGAUGACGCUGUACCUCGAUUCAAAACCGGUUUCCAUUUUCUGUCAUAUGGGAAAUUUUGGUUGUGGAGAUGGAGGAUGGACUCCAGUUAUGAAAACUGAUGGCAAUAAGGUUACUUUCCAUUACAAUUCUAGCCUUUGGAUAAGCAAGUCUGGCUUUAACCUUCCAGGAGGUGCGACUGGUUUUGACAGGCAAGAGACCAAGUUACCAACUUUUUGGAACACACCCUUCGAGAAAAUCUGUCUCGGUAUGAAGAUCGAUAACCUUACUAACUUCAUUUUAGUCAAUAAGACGGCUGUCUCGCUACAUUCGCUGAUAGCUGACGGGAAAUAUCGCAACACGUCGCUGGGUCUCAAGUUGUGGAAAUCGCUAAUUGGCUCCAACGCCUCUUUGCAGACCAGCUGUGUAAGAGAAGGGUUCAAUGCUGUGUGUAGCGACAAAAAAGCGUCAAAAGCGAGGAUCGGGAUCAUUGCUGACGAUAAAGAAGACUGCAGCGACUGUGAUUCUAGAAUUGGAUUUGGUACAGGGGGAUAUCAGGAUGAUAAUCACACUUGCGGAAACGAAGCAACAUACUCCUCAGACAAUGGAAGUAGGCACAUCAAAGCCAUGGGAUAUAUCUUGGUGCAGUAACUCUCACUGCCUCCCUACCCUUUAUGCAAAAACGUCCUUGACUGUUUCGCAUGCUCAGAUAUCAGUGCACUUAAAAAAUAGCUUCAAAAUAGGAUUGAAAAGCGCUUAUAGGAAGCCUCUGUAGUAAUAAAACGAUUUGAUUAGUUUCGCCUAUUCAAUGUUUGAUCAGCGAUCUCCGU